AUGCUGAGACAUAACGAUACUGACGAGGAGGAGGAGGUGGAGAAGGAGGAGGACAAGGACAAGGACAAGGAGCAGCAGCAGAAAGAAAUCGGAACGAGUAACGCCGGCAAAGGCGCAAUGGUCAGACGGGCAGGCGAUGGCAGGAAGUGGAGGUCCUGGUUUUCAAGAUUAUCUAUCUCGGAGCGAGUAGAAGUGCUUACUAUCAGGAACGAACGAUGGAUCUCAACUGUGAUGGCCAUGGCGAGCGAGGAGGUGAACUUUCGCCUAUCGAGAUCGAGAGCUGCGGCACAAUCGCUCAAGUGCUGUCGCUUUGCCUUCACUGACGAUGACGUCACUGAUGCUGUUAACGAUCACCCUCGCGGAAGGAAAGCAAACCCGUCGAGACCAGACGACAAGACCAUGGACAUGUUGAGAGAAGAGUUGCUGAGAGCGGGAGGAAGCUCUGAAGCAGUAGACAAGCUCUUGAAGAAGAUUGCAGGCAAGAAGAGCAUCCGCGAUGGCGAACCGCCAGAUCAAAACGAAGAUCCCUGCAAGAAAGCAGACGUCCGUCAGUUCGUCACGGUCCGCACAGACCCUGAGGAGCGGGAAGGAAGAACGAGAGCGCAUGUUGUGCUGUCCGACCAUCUUGAUAGGAAGAUGUCUCUGUCAAGUCUCCUCCUCUCUCACCUGCAUGUUGUGCACGAAGACGGCAAACCUACUUCCCUCAAGCCCGACCAGGAGCUGGUGCAGGACCUCAACACGUUCUGGGAGAUGACGCGAGUAAUCACGAAUGGAGGGUUCCUCAGCAGGCUGCAGGAUGCUGACGUGAGAGCUUCGGACAGCAGCACAGAGGUUUGGAAGGAAGCCGAAUGGCUGUGCCAGUCUGGGAAGGAGAUCUCGACGUGUUGUCCGAGUGAAUGUCUGAAGUUGUGCUCCUUCACCUGUGCUGAGCUUGUGUGCUCGACUUUCGAAGGGAGGAUGAGGGCGGCAGAGGCAGAGGGGAGAGGCAAUGGAGCGAGAGAUGAUCAUGUGAUUGGGAUCGGGUCGAUUGUGUGUCAUAUUCCUCGGCAGCUGAAGAUGUUUCAUCUGGUCAAGUCACUCGUGCGAGCGAGCGAUGAGCUUCAACAGACUAGUUCCAACAAACAGGCCCCUGGUGGCUUUCCCGAGGACUUGAAUGCGCUGAUAACGCUACGGCAAAUUUGCCAUUUUGCCUCUCACUUCGACAAAUCCCAACGGAGAAAUUCUCCCUUGAGAUGUCAACUACAGGCUGAUUUUGACGCAACAGACGAUGCUUGUUGGUUUUCAUCUUUCCGAGGGUUUUGUCCAGACGCGAGCACUCGCGUCGACUUGUGUCAUGACUCAGCCUGUCUCUUCUCCUCCUCUUCUCCUCUCCUCGCUCCGCCGCCGCCCCCUUACCGCAGGAUGAUGCACUGGAUCCUUCAUGAGUUGAAGGAGAGUUUUGCCCGGCACAACGAGAAGCUGAUCACGGAGAUACAGCAUCGAGAGCAGGAGGAGGAAGAGAGCAGCAAGAUGCGCAAGAAGGAGGCGAACAGGAAGAAGAAGGAGAAGGAGAAGGAGAGGAAGGCCAGGAGGCGAGCUGAAGCAGCUAAGGAGGAGGAAGCUGCGCUGGAAACCUCUCAACCAUCUUUGUUUGCAUUUCCGCGCAAGAGCGACAAGAGGAGAGCGAAAUGGCGAAUGCUUACUUCGCUCAUCAUCCAAAAGACGAUCGACGAUGAGAUGGAGGAGUCGAGGAGGAGGAAAAAACCUUCGGACUGGUCCUUCCCCGACAGCCCUUUCCUCAACGGACGAUUCUCCUCCACCCCUGGCGCCUUCAGCCGCUCAAGCAGCAGCAGCAGCUCUCCAGGGGCCAGCAACUUCUUCCUCCCCUUCUCCUUCUCCUCGGAACCUGAGGGCUACCUACGAAGCCAGUGGGGCAACGCGUUCCUGCUGCAGGCCGACGUGAUGGAGCAGGACGCACAGCUCAAGUUUCCUCCCUCCUCGCGCUACAGCCGCAGCGGCUUCAUGGCAGGAAAGACAAACUUCAGCGACCCGUUCUUGCAGCAGACUUGUGGGCACCCGCUGCAUUGCUGCAGCAUGCAUGCCGGCAUGUUCCCCAGCAGUCACGGGAGCAGCAUGUUCAGCGACUUUCCUCUCUUCCUCGACGAGCGCCAGCACGCGGCGCCCGACGGCAAGGUGGGAUGGAAGAUGCAGUUCAAUCCCAACUCUCAAGCCUUCUUUGGGGGUCGAUCCGACCUGGGACAGCUGAAUAAUUUCUUCAUUCCCUCCAGCAGGCCGUAUGACGAGGCAGAGAAGGUCUCUCCUCCUGGCAGCGACGGGUCUCGACGGGAGGCGAAACAUCCGAACCAGCAGUUCCCCAGCAGCAAGUUUGCCGACUCGCAGAUGUUUGACUAUCUGCCGCCGAGGAUGUAUUCAGAGGAGGAGAUGGUUGAAAGCACUUUCCCUCCCCUCGACCUCUCCGCCGGCAGCUCGAUGCUCUCGACUCCAGAUCAGUCUCCUUCCCUUCGGAACGCCAACUUCUCCUGGAACUCUCCCUCCCUCACAUCCUUCGGCCGCGCAGGAAUGGUUCCGCACUGCCCGCAAACUCCGAGCCUCUCGUCCUCGGAACCGUUCGGGGAGGGUCAGCAGGAGCUGAGCUUCUUCUUCGACUCGCACAACGUCGAGCAACUGUGCGCCUCCUCGGACUCGUCGAUCCGCACCAGCGUCACCCCCGACAGCAUGCUGAGGAUGGAGGGAUCGCGGCAGGAGUGGAAGGAGACGUCAUGCUCUCCAUUCACCCAGCAGGAGGUGAACUUGCCAGGAGGGAGUCCAGGAGAACCCCCGGAGGGCGCGAAGCUCCAAGAGGAGGGGAACCCAAACCAUGGUGGGCUGAACUGCGAGAACCCCAAGGUGAGGACGGACGGCAUGAAAGCCUGCUCCUCCUCUCCUCCUCCCUCCUCCUCUCCCCUCCGCUGCUUCUAUCCCAACCAAGCUAUCCCCUCCUACUCAAAGUUCAAUCUCAUAGAGCCCAGCUGCCGCAUGCUCGGCAAGUUUGUGAUGGGCGGGUACUCGAACUUCGAGCACGUGGACGAGACGCGGUCGGAGCCCGGGGACUGGUGGGUCAAGGGGGAGGGAGUCUUCUCCAUCGACGAGGAGGGCAUGGACGCCGGGACCGUGUCAGACUCGGAGGCUGAGAGCCAGAGCUUCCCGCACUUCAACGAGGUCGCGGGAAGGAGGAGAAAGCGGCAGAGGGCGGACAGCAACCUGGUCCUCAAGGAGGAGGCUCACCCUAGGAGGACCAGAUUGGUCAGCCGGUUCUCGACCAGGCAGGUAGCGAGCGGCGUGGGGAUGGUAGGGUCUCUGCAGGAAGAAACUGUCCCCGAGGGCGAGGUGUACGGGGCGGAGGCAGAGGCGAAACUUGCGGGGAAGGGGAGGAAGGCAGAGCACGCGCAGGGGACAGACUCCCCGGCUACUCCUCGAGCUGAGGGGCGCCAGCGAAGUGCGGGAGACGGCUCGAGCCCGAUGGAAGUGUUCACCUUCCGAGGCAGCGAGGAGGAGGGGAGGAGCUGCUCGGUCAACAGGACGCACCGGACGCGAUCUCGCUCGCUCUCUCGCAACGGCGGGCGGGGGCUGUACAUGGAGCGAGGAAGAAGUUCGACAUACGCGACGUACCUCCGGCAUCCUCUCCUCGACUUCCCUCCGACCUCUCACCGGCCGAUGGCAUGGCAGCAUCCCCUGCUCGACCUCCCCAGCGCUUUCAACAUGCAGGACGCGGCGCGACGCCUGAUGGGGGCGUGGAAGGACAUGGACCUGACGCAACAGCUGGGGGAUGAGGUGGGCCUCCGGCGGAGCAUGAGCGAGAGGACGCUGCUGUCGUCGGGCAACAUGGACGGGAGGAUGCGAGCUCUUGCUCGUGCUCGGUCACAACCGUCGUCUCCACUCUCCAUCCCCCUCGCGAGCCCCAUGGACUUUCAUGCUCCUCCCAAGCAGGGAGUCUCCCACUUGAGCCUGCCGAUGGAGCAGACGAUGCCUGCAGGCAUCCCCAUCCUGCCCGACGGUCGCCGGCAAAACAGGAGGGGCUUCAUACAGCCAGGAGCUCAUCCCGUCAGCGUUCGCUCCUCAGCCGCCCACCUGCGCGGCAUGGCGUCGGAGCCGCGGCAGAGGGACGUCAAGGGUCGCUUGCCCCUCAACGUGGGCGACAUCCUCCCGGGCCAUCUGAUCCAGCGGCUGCAGGACGAGAACGAGUCCCUCAGGAAGUCCGUCCAGCGACUAACCACGGAGCUCUGCGCCUCCACCAACGUCGUCAAGGAGCUGUCGGCCGUGCUCAGCCCAGCCGCCAAGAAGCCCAGUGAGCAGGAGACAGGCGAAGCGCAAGAGGCGGCGAAGACCCAAGCGAAAGAGACGGAGCAGGGGGAGGAGGCGGUUUCCUCUAGCCAGCAGACCAUCGCUAAGACGCUGCAGACGCUGGGGCGGGAGCUGAUGCACGCCAUGCUGGACUCAGACAUGCUGCUCUUCUCCCGCCGGAUCCAGUCGGAGCUGGACAGACGCUCUCACUACCGGCUGUGCGCCAUUGCUAAGAUCCAGUCGGCCGCCUCCUCCCUCUGGCCUCGCGCUCAGUGCAAAAUCUUCGGGUCUGUGGCGACGAGCCUGUCGGUCCCGACGAGUGACGUGGACAUCAUCGUGUGCUUGCCCAAGGUGAUGUCGAGGGAGUCGGAGCCCUCGCUCGCUCGCGCCGGAGUCAUGGAGGGCAGGCGGGUGAUCAAGGGGACCCUGCAGGCAAACCUGGCGCAGGUGCUCGCCAACGCCGACUGGAUUCAGAGCGAAACCCUCAAGACGAUCGAGAACGCCGUCGUCCCCGUCAUCACCUUCAGCACGAAGCCGAUGAGCCUCUUCCUCGAUCCCUCCCAACACAAGGCCAGCGAGGAGGAGGAGAAGAUCAGUGUAAUCAGGCUCGACGUGACGUUCGAGGGCCCUGAUCAUCGAGGGCUGCCAGCAGUGAGGCUGGUGCAGUCGCUGGUUCAAGACUUCCCGGCCCUCAAGCACCUCUUCUUCGUCGUCAAGUCCCUCCUCUCUGACAAGGGCCUUGACAACCCCUACACUGGAGGGCUGACCUCCUUCGGCCUCGUCCUCCUCGUCACCCGCUACCUCCAGCACUCCAACCAGAGCAAGAAGGCGCAGGGCGUCAGGAUGGAGCCGAACCUGGGAGCCGAGCUCUCCGGCUUCCUGGACUUUUACGGCAACCGGUUUGACCCGCGGUCAACCGGCAUCACCAUCGGCUCGGAGGCCGAGUUCGCCCUGCACGGGUCUCGCAAGCUCAUCGGGCGAUUCCUCCGAAGGGACCAGCCCUUCCGGAGCGAAGUAUCGCGACCGGCGACAGGAGGGAGGGUAGUGAAGACUUCCAACGGCAGGAGGAUGAGCAUCGAGGACUCCACCCCCUCGAACGAGCGGUCGGAGUCGCUGACGGCGCAGGAGCGGCGGUACCAUCUCGACCCGCUCUACAUCGAAAACCCGCUGGACUCGCAGAGCAACGUCACUCGCAACUGCUUCCGCAUCUACCGCAUCCAGCGCGCUUUCUCUGACGCUCUCAUCAACCUGCGCAAUGGUGUCCUGGCGACUCCACCCAGCAACGACGGGAGGAGGAGGGGAGGAAUGAGGAUUCUGGACGCCAUCAUCAACUGCCCCGACGUCUCUUGA